AUGGCGGCUGUCAAAGCAGCGAGCCCUUUGGCUCAGGCUAUAGACGAAUUCCUCGAUGAUAUGAAGGCUCGCGACCGCAAAAGCCCAUUCUAUAAAGAAGUCUUGACAUCACGCUCGGUUUUGGCCCUCAAUACAGAUCCACGGGGUGUUGAAUCAUGUACAGAAGAGCUCAGGGGGUAUAUUAAAGAGCUUGAAAAGCAGAAAAGCUCGUCGAAGUCGUUGAAGGGACUUGGGGCCCUUGGACCUUUUAUCAAUGGCAUUGUCACUUUGAUGGACGCUUGCUCCGCCCUGGUACAGGCAAGUCCUUUUGCAGUUGGUGUGGCUCUAUCGGGCGCCCGUUUCGUGCUCAAGGUGAGUACUCUAAGAUUGGAAUGGGACGGUACAUCGAUCCUGAUUCUACUCCAGCUCGCCUACAACACCAAUUCAAUGUUUGAACUCGUCUCCGACACUAUGGGCAAAAUUGGAAUGUAUCUUCAAUGUUACGGCAAGUUUGCCGUUGCCUAUAAAUCCUCUGAUGAGGUACGGGAGUGUCUUGUUGCCUCAUACAAGAACAUCGUUAACUUCUGGGCAACGGCUUCAAAACUCCUUUCUGAGCAUGGUACGUCACUGCCGCAGUAA